AUGUCGGCCGCCAUGCAGCACGGGAAUAGAGACUUGGCGGAGCGUGACGUGGCCAAUGCCAAGAACGCGCCUAAAGUCGCGUCAGAGGCGGAAAUAGACCGCCGCAACGUUCUCUUUGCAGAGGCGCUGCGGUGUGCCUCCAUUGCGAUGCGGGUCGGCGACGACCCGGCGUACAUCUGGACACCGCAGUGGCUCGGCGCUGGCUCGUUCGGUACAGUGACGCUUGCAUACCGUCACGAUGGCGACGCUGCUUGGCGCAAGACCGCGGUGAAGCGGCUAUCGCUGCGCAAAGAGACGCGCCUCUCAGCGGUGCUAGAGAUGGUGCGGUGCGCCGGGCGUGAGGUGGCCCUGUGCCGUCGCGCUGGGGUGUCGCCGCACGUUGUGCCGAUGUACGAGCCGUGGUUCGACUGCCGGGAGGGCGUGAUCGCGCUGCCGAUGGACGCGGGUGACUUCAGCCUGGAGCGGUACGCGGUGCACUGCGGCUUUCGGUUCCCGCCGCUGGUGCUGCUGUCGCUGUGCGCGCAGUGCGCGCGUGCUGUGGCGCAUCUGCAUUGGAGCAGGGUUGUGCACCGUGACGUGAAGCCAGAGAACUUCGUGGUGAAUGUCUUCGACGCUGGUGAUGGUGGUUGUGGCUGCAGUGGCGUGCGGCCGCCGCUCGUGCGCAUACUUGACUUUGGGCUCGCGUGCGGCGUGGAGGAGGUCGGGCAGGAGCUGAAGCGUUGCGUGGGGACACCGCACUACAUGGCACCGGAGACGUUUUCGCAGCUCUGCGACUGCGACGUGCCUGCGGCGUGUGACGUGUGGAGCCUCGGGGUGACCUUGUUCCGAUUGGCCACUGGCGUCUUCCCGGUCUUCGAGAUGGACAGGACGUGGCGGCAACCGCCCUUCACCGAUUUACACAGCGGAAAGCUGUGGCCCCCCUCGAGGAAUCUCUUUCAUGAGCCGUUGUCGGCGGAAUCGCUAGCGGUGUUGUCAGUCGCUGCGUCGAUGCUCGUGCUGGACCCCCGAUGCCGACCCACCGCGGAUUCUGUGUUGCUACAGCUGCAGAGCUUUCAGGAGGCGUUCAGUCACCAGAUCCAGUCAUGGCCUCCAGGGCCUUUGCCGCAACCCUGCCAUGUCUUGCAACGCGCACCUAAGUGA